GGGGAAGAGAUUCACAUUUGUUUGCAAGUGCUUGAGUGUAACGGAGGUGCGUCCACCACUAUCCUGGCGAGAAUCUUUCUUUUUUUUUCAUAUCAAAGCGGAAAAGUGUAAAGGACCACACCACACAGUGAUGUCGUACGUGUUUUGAGUGUGCCAGAAGAGUGACAAAGAGAGUGUGUGCCGUAGAAAGAAAAGUGCAUUCGCGUGGAAGAAAGCAUACAUUAAUCGAAGUGGACUAAAGGUUUCACAGUUUUUCUCACUGACGUCAGCGGGUACGAUACGAUUACGAGACGCCUUUCUUGGCCGUGCGUGUACGCGUGUUUUGUGUUGUGUAAGUGUGACUUUAGUUGACCGUCGAAACGGAGAAAAGUCAGAGAGUCUAGUGACGACCCCAAAAAUCGCUGGUGAUAGUUGAAGAAAACAGUUUAACCGGUUUUGUAUGCCCUCAACGUCACCUCCCGUCCUAGCGCUGUGUCGGGAAUGUCGGAAAGUCAAUAAACAGAAGUUACGAGACGGCAAACCGUGAAAACAGGAGAAAUUAACAUUUUGCGCUCAUCGCUCGAUUCGGAAGGAAAGUUGCGUUGAAUGUGAAGAAGAAACUGCAAUACAGCGAUUAACACCGAUUCCUGAUUGCUUCGAUCGAACGGUGAAACACGCAGCCCGUUGUCAUCAUCACACCAUCAUCGUCAUUGUGUGAGUGUGUGUAUACAUGUGUGCAGUACAGUGAGGGACAAAAAAGUAGCAGAUCUGCAACCCCAAAAAAUAACGUGACUCUCUCUCUACCUUCCCCAAACCUGGCGGCUGACUGUCGGUAGUUUGCGCUUUUUGCGAGUUUCCCCACUCCACACCGGCUUUUCCGAGCCAGUUCCUUAAUAGCCGAAGCCACGUACAGCAACGAGCAACGAAAACGAUGCUUUCCACCUUGGCACGGGUUUACGGUAGCGUGGUGACGCCACGGGUGACAGCACCGCUCAGCGGAUUGUCCGCCGGGUGCUGGCGCAACAUCUCGAAGAGCAGCGAGGUGAACAAUUCCGACUUCAUGACGAUCCGCACGGAGAACCAGAACCAGAAGACGGUGGCCAACAGCCGCAACUGCGACAGCAAGCAACAGAUAAGACUGAAGAAGGUGUCGAGAACUCUCUCGACGCUGAACUCAUCCGUGCCGGAAGCGGCAGCACAUACGGCCGUACCGAAAAGCGAGAGCCGCGAAUUUAUGGCCGUCUUUCCCGAUGUGGUGCGCGAUCUGACCGCGUACGCCAGCAAGUACGACAAGAACGUGGCGACCAAGUGGUUCGUCCGGGCCCUGCAGUACAAUGUGCCACAGGGCAAGAAGAAUCGGGGACUGGCCUGUGUGUAUGCGUACCGGAUGCUGGCCCGUCCGGAAGAACUUACGCCGGAAAACAUCCGAAGGGCACAGUACCUUGGUUGGGCGAUUGAAAUGCUGCAUUCGAUGUUCCUGAUCAUGGACGACGUUAUGGAUGGAAGCGUUACGCGCCGUGGUCAACCAUGCUGGCACACGCUGGAUGAUGUGAAGCUGGCCGGUGUGAAUGAUGGCAUCAUGAUCGAGGCAGCCAUAGCACACCUGGUGAAGACACAGUACGGCAACGAGCCGUACUAUCCGCGGCUGCUGGAGCUUUUUAACGAUAUGAAGUUCAUCACAACCAUCGGCCAAUCGUUGGAUCUGCGCUCGGCCAAGCUCGAUGUGACGGACUACACGAUGGAUCUGUACAAAUCGAUCGUAUUCCACAAGACUGCCUACUAUACGUUCUACCUCCCGGUUGCGAUGGCCAUGCACCUUACUGGCUACACCGAUCCUGAGAUGUUCCGGCAGGCGAAAACGAUUCUGCUUGAAAUUGGGCAGUUCUAUCAGACGCAGGACGACUUUUUCGAUUGCUUUGGUGAUCCGGCCGUGAUCGGUAAAGUUGGCACCGAUAUUGCCGAGGGCAAGUGUAGCUGGCUGGCGGUAGUUGCGAUGCAACGUGCGACCGAGGAGCAGAAGGAGAUAAUGAAGGCGUGCUAUGGAUCAACGGAUCCGGAGAAUAUUGCGCGCGUCAAGAAGCUGUACGAGCAGCUCGGAUUGCCAACCACGUACAGCAUCUAUGAGGAAGAAUCGUACAACAUGAUCAAAACGCACAUUCAGCAGAUUUCGCGCGGGUUGCCGCACGAACUGUUUUUCAAAAUUAUGGAAAAAAUCUAUCGACGCGAAGCGUAAACGACGCAGCACCAAAAUCAAGGCACAACCACUCGCAAUAAUCUACUAACGUUGUGUACUAAUGGUGUUUGUGUGUGUUUGUGUGUGUCCCCAUCAUUAUGGUCCUUUUGGCCUCCGUUUGAAUCUAGCGGAAUCGCACUUAACGUAUAUUGUUUUGUUGGUUUAAGUCAUGGCGUCACCGCACCAUCAUCGAAUGCGAUCGAUGAGAUAAUUACGUUACAUUGUGUUCGUAGUGUGAAGGGUUUUUAGAAAAUCUUUCCAAAACAAAACAAUAACGGGCUUGGAAGAAAAGCAAAAUGUUCAUGAAAUCCGGUUUCAUGACAAACUAAACAAAAAGAAAAAGAGGUUUAUCGGAAUUAUAUAGAUUCACGGUUUGUGAAGUAGGUGUAAUGUUUGUGAUUGAUUAUUGGAAGAGAUGAAGCAUAGGAAGAUAAAGUGAAUAAUGAAACAAGUUUACAGACAAACCAACACAUACAUACAAACAUUGCUUUCCCAUCCCCCCCUCUAGUAUACUUUUUCACGUUCUUUUCGGGAUUCUAGACCCGACGAAAGUUGGGCUAACUUCUUCUGCAAACCAGCAACUGCGAUUGUAUCCACAUUUAUUCUUUGCAUUUUGAGAUAGUGUUUUACUUAAUUGAUUUACCUAUUGUGUCAUUUGUUAUCCCCCAUCAGUAUACAUUUACAUUAUCCGUAUCCCCCGAUUAAACAUUCCUUUACAACGCGUGGACUAAAGGAGAAUGGUACAUCCCACAGAAAUCCCAUUCACUUUCCCAUCAUCAACAUGAUUCCGAUGUUCUGCGGGUGUGAAUAGAACAGACCGAACUCAUAACAGGUUGAUAACGAACGAACGAUACACACCACAAAAACAAACACAGAGGAACAGACACAGUAAUUUUAGAGAAAAGGAAUAGAAACACGUGCGCCCCAAUACGUACUCUAACAAUAAAGUGUAGUAAGCAUUGUAAGGAACUAAAGCAAAAAAAAAGCAGUGGAAAGAGUCUUCCGGAGACACAAAACAACAGAUCAAUUAUAGAUAGACAGACAGUGGAUAACA